AUGUCGACUCAAACACCGCAGGUCCUGUCUCGCAGGACAAACGCCUCGGCAGCCGAAUCUACCAAGAAGCACGGCGAGGCUCGAAGCACCGCCCAUGACGCAGACACGCCAAAGGCGACCAAGACCAGGGCUCCCCAGGAAGGUGAAAAGGUCAUCAUCCGACGCCUGCCUCCUGGCCUGACUGAGGCUGAAUGUCUGUCGAUUCUGGGUCCUGAGUGGGCGGUGGGCAAUGGAAAGGUCGACUGGUUUUCCUACGCCGUCGGCAAGGUCUCCAACGAGCUUUCAAAGCCAUCGCGGCCCGCUAGAGCAUACAUACACCUGAUGCGCAAGGAAUAUAUCAUGCCGCUCAGCGAUUUUGUUCGAAACGCCACCUGGGAGGACGCAAAAUCCACCUUCACCAGCCCUUCACUCAUCGGCCCCCCUGUUCUAGAGAUUGCCAUCUACAAGAAGGUGCCGGGCAACAAGAAGCGGGUAGAUGCUCGCCAGGGGACUAUUGACCAAGAUCCGGAAUUCAUGGCAUUUCUCGAAGGCCUCGCCAACCCUGCUCCGCCCAGGGAAAGCAACGAGAACGACGACGUCGAGGAACCAGCCGAAACCAAGGUCACCACCACGCCGCUGAUUGAGUAUCUGAAGGAGAAGAAGGCAAAUAAAGCCAAGGAAGCCGCUGCUGCCAAGAGCGCAAAGCACGCGAGGCAGCAAGAGGCCUCGGCGUCAAAGGGCAAAUCUGCGUCAAAGGACGAUGAGGGCUCCAAGAAGAAGGGCAAAGAGGCCAAGAACCCCAAAUCGGACAAGGCUGCCCCGAAGGAGCCCGUCAAGAUCCUCACCAAGAAGGCCGCCGCCGCUGAGCAGUCUGCUGACGCCUCCAAGCCGGCCGCAAAUCAGGCCAGCAACGCAAGCACAAGCAGUGCUGCUGCCAACGCCGCAGAAGCACCCACUUCCAAGAGUCGCCGUGCUGGCGUCUCGAUUGCCGCCCGGAUAUUGCAGCGAGACCUUGGUCUUAGCCCUGGUAGUGCCUAUCGACGAGCCCGACAAGACGCUGCAAAGGCCGAGGCCGGCUCCAAACCCACGGCAGCCGGCAAGGAAAGCAAAGAGCAGCCCAGCGCAGCAAGUGAAAACACGGCGCCCUCCGCGCAGGCUUCGGCCGAAUCAUCAACAAGUGCUCCGGCACCUGCGAAAGACAACGCGUCAAAGAGUCAGCAGUCAGCGCGCAAGACCCGUGGCGGUAAGAAUGCCGACAAGGCCAAGGCCUCGGAAUCGCCCAGCACGUCCACGCCCGUCAUUCUCAAAAAGAAGGGCGGCGCCGGCCCCGAUGCAGAGGCAGCAAAAUCUGCUGCUGAGACAGCCACCGCCUCUCAGCAAAAAGACAGCUCCAAGUCGGCCACCAGCGCGGCAAACGGCCCCAAGGGUUCUUCCGCCAAGUCUUCGGGCUCUCAAAAGAAAUCUGGCGCGGCCUCUUCAUCCGCCAAUGGCACUCGCGGCUUUGUCAAACACGCCAACUCUUCCCAGGGCAUCACGGAGCCCGUCUUGAAGCAGGCUCUCGAGGCGUUUGGCACCGUCACGUUUAUCGAGGUGGACAAACGCAAGGGCUUCGCUUAUGUUGACUUCUCAGACCACGCCGGCCUUGCCAAGGCCAUCUCAGCCAGUCCCAUUUCCGUCGCACAAGGAACGGUCCAGGUCUUGGAGCGCAAGGACAAGAAGCCUGCCGCUGCCGCUGCCGCUGCCGCCUCGUCUGGCAGCGGCAACACUGCUGCCACACCCAACACGGCCAAGGACAGCGCUGCUUCCGAAAAGAGCUCGAAUCCAACGAGUUCCGGACGUGGCAGACGUGGGAGGGGUGGUAAAGGAGCAGCUUCUUCUUCUACCAAUGGAACUGCUGUUGCUGCAACGAGCGGCGGCUGA